AUGAAAUAUUCUGGCACUUUCUUGUUAAAAUUUAAAAACUACCAAUGUUUUAACAAUGAUAUCUGGCAGAGAAUUGGUUAUCUUGGUAUUCGAAAGAAAUAUAGAGGGAAAAGAUCUGGAAAGAAUAAACAUUGUAUAGCAGUGACAAUUACGUCUCGAAAUACUAGACUUCUUGAUCAUAGGAAUCGUCGCUUUCACAAUCCUUCAAACUGUGUAAUACCAAAAUUAUUAAAUUGUGGUAAGACUUACGAUUUACCAAACUUUCUGGUGUUAAAUGCUCGAUCUGUUGCGGGAAAAGGUGACGAACUUCAUUGUAUUAAUGAUCAACAUGAAUUUCAAAUCAUAUGCAUUGCUGAAUCGUGGCUGUCUGAAGCAAUUCCUAAGGAAGCAAUUGCUCUAUGUGAUUAUGACAUUAUCCGAUGCGACAGAACGGGGGAAAAAGGAGGUGGAGUUGCUGUUUAUGUUCACCGAAAUCUGCCAUAUCGAAUUCGACGUGACUUAUCAUCUAGUAAAUUUGAAUGUAUUUGGCUAACAAUUCAGCCGAGGAGUCUUCCUAGAUCAAUCUCACGAUUAGUUGUUGCGUGUAUUUAUUGGGCUACGUCGAUACAGGCGCCUGAUGUUUGGUAUCAACGGUGCAUCCAAGAUAUUCCAGAACACCACCGCUGAACUGCUUGCUGGACUACCUGGAUGCAAGAAUAUCUCUGAUGAUAUUAUUGUGUACGGAAAAGACCAACUCGAACAUGAUCUUAACCUCCAAGCUGUCCUUCAAUGCCUCUCAGAUUACAACGUGCGCUUAAACAAGGACAAAUGCCACUUCUCUCAUUCCCAAGUGUGUUUCUAUGGUCAUAUCUUCAGCGCCAAAGGAGUCCAAGCCGAUCCUGCGAAAAUCGACUCCAUCCAACAAGCCCGCGCUCCUCAAAACGUCAGCGAAGUUAAGUCUCUGCUUGGUUUGUCCCAAUACGAUUCAUCCCCAAUUACUCUACCAUCACUGCUCCACUUCGUGCUCUCACUCGAACUGACGCCGAGUGGAAAUGGAUGA